AUGUUUGCAUCCUUAACCAGGUAAACAAAGCUGGGUUUGUGAAGUAACCUCGAGUUGUUCCGUUACGGACAAGAGCACUGCGAACAGAUCAUUUAGAGCGAUUUAGAGCAAGUGUAGGAACUUGUUACUGUGUGCUUGCGUGGACUGCACCUGCGUUGCCCGACAUAACAGAAUGGCUGCCCAGACAUUUAAGGGUGACUUAGAAUUACGAAUACGAGUGCUCGAAGUACAAAUGGACAAUUUUAUGCGUCGAUUCGAAGAAGCUAAUCUGCUGAUCCUUGAUCUUAGAGGAAGGGUUGAAAAACUAGAGGCUUGGGGCAAAAAGACGCAGGAAGGUGGAAGAUUAUUUUUGCCAUCACAAGAAGGAGCACCAUGGCAAGACCAAGGCCCAACACAAGACGCUGGGAUUUUGGAACAUGGAGUUCCAGUUGCUGCGGAUAGCCUGGAGCAAUUAUUAGAAAUGCAGACAUUUUUCGAGUCAUUGCCAUCACAAGAAGGAGCACCAUGGCAAGACCAAGGCCCAACACAAGACGCUGGGAUUUUGGAACAUGGACCAGUGAACGAGAGGGAAGAAUUCGAAGACGAAAAUCGCGAACAGGAAGAACUGAGGAGGCUGGAGAAGCCAGAUGAGUCAGGUGAAUUGGUUCAAGAUUUAGCUGCAAAUUCAGAGAACCAGGAACAUUUCGAACAAGGAACUGCAGAGCUGGUAGAGGAUUCUGUCGAACUGGAAGCCGCGAAAGAAAUAGGGACAGAGCUUUCUGAAAGAGUAAGGCUAGCAGAGGGGGCUGAAGUCAGCAAGAGAGGAGAUGAAGAGAAAGGAAAUGAUUACGAAUUAGAAGCGGAGGAAUGCAAGCAGGAGAGACGGAUUGCUGAAGAGGUAGGCAAACAGGAAGAGGCGGCACAGAGUGAGGCCGGUAAUGAAGAACAGGCAGAACAUGAUUACAUAUUGGAACCUGGAAAAUGGAAAGCGUGCACUGGAGAAGUUAAGUUGGAAUCUUCAGAAGAAGUGGAGAAAGGUCUCUCUGGAGAAAGAGGGAUACAGGAAGAGUUGGUAAAAAGUAAGGCAAUGGAAGAAGACAAUAAAGAAAAGAGUUACGAAUUACAAUUGGCAGGCAUUCGGGAGUGCCCUCAAGAGGCUUCAAAACCGGCCGCGAGAGGGCUGUGUGAAGUAGCAGGGAAAGAAGGAGAGAUGGUAGGAAGUGAAAUAAAGGCCGGAGAAGAGAAAGAGCACGUUUCCAUAUUAGAAGUAUCAGACGUGGAGAAGGGUUUCGCAGGAGUUGCUCGGCUUUCUUCUAAAGAGUCGGCAGGGCAACUUUCUGAACAAGCAAAGCAAAAAAAUAUGAUAGAGGAAACGAUGGCGUUGAUCACAGCUGAUAUAGAAGAAGAAAUUGAUAUGACAUUGACAAACAGGUUAAGGAGAAUUGUAGAUGAACGCAUCACGAAAUUGGUCGAGUCUUCUGUAACGGAGAGUAAUCAGAAAGUAAAGGCACUGGAGGGCGAAGGAACAGAGCACAGCCGUAUAAUAUGUAACCUCCUAAUUGAAACUCAACGGUUGCAAAUAGAUUUGAUAAAAGCAAUCAAGAGAAAUAGUGAAUUAAAAGUGGGUCUUAGUAAAGUAUUCGGGGUACUAAAUAUGCAACUUGUAAAAUACCACUAUUUUGAGAAAGGUAGUGAUGAACUGAUUCAGAAAUACCGGGAGGCAACUAGAAAAAUGAAUGAGGGCUUGAAGUACGCGGAUUUGGAAAAGAAGUAUAAACAAUUUAAAGCCAAGUAUUCAUAUGGAAAAGAGCGGACAGGUCAUGCGGAUAUGGGGACUAUCAAGAAGAAGGAUUACAGCCAAAUGACUUUCGAGGACAUGGCAGAGGAACUGGCUUCGAUUGCAAAACGUAAGAAGCACAUUAUGGAUUCUGUUGUGAGGGCGUUAGGGACUUCCCCGGUGGAGGAAUAUCUCAAGGUGGAAAAGGUCGGGAGAACUGAAGAGCUGGAAGAAUGCCGUAAAAAUCUGGUGGAGCGUGUUCAGAACAAUCCAGACACAGGGUUAAAGUUGAUGGAAGCAAUACUGGAGGAAGAGGACGAAAAACACGACUAUUUCUGGAGAGGAGUUCUAAAGGACUUGAAGCUGUCGAUUCAUGCUGUAGUAGAGGCUGGCUGCCCUCUGCUGACCGACGUUUUGCUGUGCUAUGGCUUCAAUUGUAAUGAAAUGAGCAAGGAAGGCGAUAGCCCUCUGCACUACGCUGCCAGAAAUGGCAACGUGGAGGUCGGCAUGACACUACUUGGAGCUGGAGCUUGCGUCAACUUACAGAAUGCAUCAAACGAGACUCCUCUGCUCGUUGCCUUGAAACACGGGAACACUGAAUUCGGUUUAGCGCUUUUAAGGGAAAAGGUACACGUUGAUCUUGCUGAUGACAAUGCAAUUACGCCUUUACAUUUUGCAGCUCUAAUAGGAGGCACCGAAAUUGUGAACGAACUGAUCGAGUGCGAAGCAGAGGUCAACGCUGGUGAUGGUGAUGGCGACACUCCCUUGCAUAACGCGGCUAUUGAAGGUAAUGUACUGGUUGGGGAGAGACUUGCGGCCGCAGGUGCAGACGUUGCAGUUGUGAACAAUGAGGGUUCGACUCCUCUGCACUUGGCUGCCUGGCAGGGUAACAUUACCUUCUGUUUCUUCUUAAUUAACCAAGGCGUUCCUGUUGAUCCUAUGAAUUCACAGAACGUAACCCCGUUACAUCUGGCUGCAAUGGAGAAUGAAGGUGAUAUUGUGCAGUUACUCAUUACUGGAGGCGCGAGAGUUAACUGUCUGGAUGAGAAAACAGACUCGCCGCUCCACUACGCAGCAAAAUUCGGUAACGUCCCCAUGAUGAAAACUCUUUUACGUGCUGGAGCGAAUGUUUCGGCGGUAAAUGCUCGGAGGAGGACACCGUUACACCUCGCAGCUGCUAAAGGACACACGGAGGCAUGUUCACUUCUUAUAAGCGCAAAAUCAGACGUGAAUGCUUCAGACGAAAGGGACAGAACCCCUCUGCACAUGGUCGCGAUGUAUGGAGGCAGCAUUUCCGUAGCGGAAGUUCUCGUUAAGAAGGGUGCCAACAUGACUGCUGUGGACAGAAAUGGCUUGACACCCUUCGAUUUGGGGUAUACUUUAAAAAACGUGGAAUUUGCCGCGUGGCUGGAAGAAGAGAUUUUUGCGCGUGAUGGACGGAAAGAAAAGCACUCACGGAGAAAGAAGGGUGGCCGAUGGAAGAAGUAAAUAUCUUCAGUGCGACAUUCCCUCGGAUAUGCCAGGAAUAUAAAGAGUGUUGACAGCUUAACUCGCUAGUUUGUUUCAUCAUCCGUUGCUCUCACCACGAUAUAUUUGUUAUGUUUCUGUAUCAACUGACAGCCACUAAUUCUGAUGACUAAUUUAAAACCAAUGCACAGUAGUAUAAAUAUUUCUUUCAUUUGCUAUGGAUUUUAUUUUGCUUGUACCGAUCACGAAUUUAAGAUAAUUUAAAACAUGUCUUCGUCUGUAUAAGACAUUCUCUUUCAAGGUAUUUACAUGAGUUACAUCUAAGUGUUUUCUCGUGUUCAUAACUACAGCAUCAAGUUAUGUAAACGUAACCCAAACUCUGUAAUAUCUUAUACAAUUUCCCAUCUCCAAAAUGUAGGAACUUACUUUUACAGUAUCAUACUAAGAACUUCAUGUUCGUAUAUUUUUAGUUCAUUCGCUUCAGGAUGUAUUUUCAAGGCUGGAUUGUUACUUUAUAACUCACUGUUAUAUAUAUAUAUUUUUUUAAUUUUGCCAUAUUGUGGAAUGUUGACGGACGCUGUAGUGGUGUAUUUCGAUAGGACUGAAUCGUGUUUGCGUAAUUUUAUAUUGAAAAUUGUUGUACAUUUUACAUCGACCGAUAGAAUUAGCCUUUACUUUUCCUGUUAAAAAUUUUUCAGCGUCUUACAUUUACAUAUUUCCAUAGUCUUGCGGAGAAGAGUGUUCAGUAAUUUAACAUCACUUUUCAAGAGAGAAAGAAACAACUUCAGACUUCUAUUGAACAGUAAAAUUAACCCAGUUUUUCUUUGUCACUGGCUAGAAAGUGUUACACUGAUAAUUCUGUAUGCUCUUGGAUCUUUUCGGUAAGGAUGUCUCGAUGUGCUUGUCUCACUUCGACCAAGAAGUUUUUGUCUCACCCCUCCCAAUUAACGUUUUGUAGAUACUCGUAGAUCAUGAGGAUACGUAGUUCUGAACAUGUAAUAAGGAACAAAAGCAGCCAAACCACAAAUGCAUGUAUGAUGUGCACGUAUAUAUAUAUCAUGUGAUUUUACUAUGACUGUUUCAGCCAAUAUUUGUAUAAGUUGGUAAGAUAAUUUUUCAGCGGUUUAAUAUUGUGUUCUUAAGCGCAGCAGAAAGAUUUUAAAAUUGAUAAAAAUAUAACUUUUUAAUAAAUGUCAUUUUAAUUGUG